AUUGGAAGUGCACCUUCACGUGACCACCACAAAAAGCCAGCCCAAACGCACUUCGUCGUCAAAAUCUAUUGUCGAUCACUGCUCCCUCUCUCUCUCUCUCUCUCCUCGUAAUCCAUCGAAUUCAUUCAUGAAAUUGACUAAAUUGUACUGUUCUAGGGUUGAUUCGAUCUCGAAUUCCAGCUCAAUUUGAUGGUUUCUUCGAUAGAAGAACCCUAGAAUUCCUCGCUCGAGAGAAGCCAUGGAGGGGUCUGUGGAGGAUCUCGGAGCCCCUCCUGAUUCAUGGGAAGUGGCGGACUUGGAGGCUAGCGUCAGCAGAUUGAUGCUCUCUUCUUCUUCGAAUCCGCCAUCAUCGUCAUCUUCUUCUUCUUCCUCCAACUUUGCUUCUCAUGAGCUCGCCGAUGCUUCAGCUUCAGUUUCCUCGUCUUCGGCUGUUGCUUCUCAGCUAAUUGGGGGUGUUUCUGAAGAUGUUAUCAGUUCGGUAGAUCAGUUUCUUCGCGAAGCUCUGCAGAACCCUCGGGAGAGGCUUUCUGUUCUAAGGAUGGAACAAGAUGUCGAAAAGUUCAUUCGGGAUCGCACUCAACAGCAAAUGGAGUUCCAGCAACUGCCGACUUCCUAUCUACGGUUGGCCGCACACCGUGUGGCCCAACACUACUCAUUGCAGUCGAUGGUUUUAUUGGACAAUACUUUACCUGAUGGUUCUGGUUCCAGAAUUAUUGUCCGCAAGACUGCUGAUUGUCGUCUUCCUUUGAUUCGCUUGGCAGACAUCCCUGUAAAGUUGCCAACAGAAGACAGUGGUGUUGUUAAGGUUGCUAUUAAGCAGAGGCCACAGAAACGGUCACCGGCUGUUGGCAGUACAAAUUCGAAUUCUAUCAAGGCCAAUAAUUCAAAAAGUGUGGAGGAGAGAAAAGAGGAAUACAAUAGGGCUCGCGCACGGAUAUUUAGCUCUGGUAGUUUUAGUGGGGGUAUUGGUGGGAGACCAGAAAAUGAACCAAGGAUGCAGGAUAAUUUCCAGCAUAAUUCAUUGGUGAUAUCAAAGGUGGAAGAGAAAUUUAUUCCAGGAGGGUCUGAUGUUAACAGUGGCAGAGGUUUGAUUGAUUCUUCCACAAGUAGCAGUAGAUUAGCUCGAAGUAGGACAGAGGAGCCAGUUGGUAGGUCUAGAGCAAAUAAUAAGGUGGCUAUUUUCCGGGACCGUGAUUUUGACCGCAAGGAUCCUGAUUAUGAUCGAAACUAUGAUAGAUAUAUGCAAAGAUUUGACCCUGGAUUUGGGUUCAAUGGAGGACCAUAUGCCGUUCAGCCUAUGUACUCCCCUGCAUUGAACUACAACACUGAAUUCCCACAACUUGGUACGGCUCACAGGCCUGCGAUAUCUACUGAACACCAACCUCGGCUACUCCCUCAACAUAUACCUGGUCAAUGGGCUGCACCAUCCACCGCAGCUGGAAUUGGUUAUGGUCAUCCAGAUGUCAUGAUGACCACAUUCAGUCCCAGUCAUGUUGGUGCACGCUCCACCUCUGGCUUAUAUUUACAUUCAGCUCAAUAUCCUUGCCAGCACCCUGGAAUCCCGUUCAUCCAUCCUCAUGAACAGGUUCACCAACCCUUUUCACAGCCUCAACAGCAGCAACCUGAUGCAAGUUUUGGAUUAGCCCGGCCCCGGUAAGGGGCGAGGGCCAUGCCUGCACCCUGCCAGCACGUUCUGAGCUUGAAAAGUGAACCAGCUUGCUAAAGUUUGGCCACAUGUAAUCUCAACUGGUAGGUGUGCAGGCAUUAAGCAGCCGAGUUGGCCUAGGAAUGGACAGAUCAAUCUUAUGUUCACCCUCUUUGAUCCAAUUCCGCCAAUCUCGGUUUCCGAUGAGAGCUUCUCGCAUAUUUGAUGAAGCUCACUGGUUGGCAGGCACUUCCCUUUAUGAGCUCUCUGAGAGCUUUGCUAUGCCACUGAUGAUGAUGAUGAGGAAUGAACUUAGGAAAAGAAUUUACCGGAGCAGAGAAGUCUUGUUUUUGUUUCGAUGAAGCACCACAAAAUGCAAAAGGAAAUGCUUAUAAAAAUGAUUUUUUAAGGAAGUGGUGGUUCCUAGUUUCUGCCCCUGGACACAUUGGUGCAACCUGGCUGUCUUCCUUCAGCAAAGCUCCGGUCAUCACUUGUUACUGGCUGGACUCAAUGACGGUACAUCUUCUAAUUGAUAGCACUCCUCCUGAACUUCAAAAUCAAGGUGCUGCAAUGUGAGUGCAUGAGGUUGAUGCUCUCUGAUAGACGAUUCUUCAACCAAGGCAAGAAAUUUGUUUGGCGCCAAGUGUGCCUUUUGCGAAGUGCAACAGUAUUGGGGUAUUGAUUUACUUUGUGACUUGGGUUACCUUCCCUCCGUUAAUCAUAGGUUGGGCUAGAUGCCUCCUGAGAUACAUACAUCCUUCCAAGGAGGCGAUAGAUACUUGUAGAUGAGCUUGACAAGAGUACAGAGAUUUUCUUGCCUUGGUUGGAUUUGGGGACUUUAUUUGGAUUGAGCCCUAGCGUUUUGACCAUCAGUGUAUACUCAGGCUCUUACCGGGCAUUGGUUUAAGAGUAUACUAAUGGUCAAAACGUCAAGGUUCAAUCCGAAUAAAGUCCCCAAAUUGAACGGAGGCAAGAAAAUCUGUGUACUCCCGUUGAGCCUGUCUGCAAGUGUCUAUCACAUGGUACCAUGCCCCUCUCCAAUAUCCACUCAGACUCUCUCAGGUACUCCCACUCCAUGUGGGGUGAAUCUCUCAUAAAUAAUGGCAGGGCCACCCUCAUCACCAUCAUUAUUUGGACCCGCCUACAUGUUGGCCCUCUCGAAUAUGGAUGCCGGUAGCACCCUUGCAGGCACGAGAACUCUCAGCUGGUGCUGUUGCCUCUCUCCUCAUGCAUCGGGCGUUUCCACCUACCUCUAUCCCCUUGACUGCCAGAACCUCCUGCGACCGUUGACAUCCUAGAAGAAAAAACAAAGUAAUUAUAUACAAAAGAAAUUCAAAUUUCAGCCCUAUGAGGAGAUAUAUGGGCACGGGCCAGGCAUGGUAAGAUGAAAUAUACAAACUCACGUGGCCGUCAUGCAAAAAAAAUGUGAUUUUCUAUGAAAGUCAUGUUUGGAUUUGUUUCCCUUUGAGGCCAUGAUAUAGAAUGACUCUUGUUACUUUGUCUUAUAAAUUGAAAUUCUUACUAGGUAAUUAAUGUUAUAAGUGGUAAUUUUUUUUUGGCUUUUUGAGGAAAUAUAGUGGCUUUUGCUAUAUUUUGUCUAGCUGCUCGUUCAAGUCAAUGAAUGCUUUUAUUGAUCUAAUAUAUUUUAUCCCGUUUGAGAAUGCUGAUUUUUUUGAAUUUUAUGAAAAGAUGUGUAAAAAGUGGAGAGAGUGAUGUGAUAUUUUAUAUCCAGUACCUCCUGUUAACAGUGUGUUAAGGACAACUUUGUUUUA